AUGUCUCUUCCCAAAAAAUUACAGGAUACUUUUUCACCUAAAGAAUUACAAUUUAUGGUUGAAAAUGAACCAAUAAAGAUAUUUCCACGUUUCACCACCAGACAAAGAAUAAAUAAACAUAGUGAUGAUAUAUUAGAUCUAUGUUCUAAUCGUUGGAAAAUGAUAACGAUGCCCGAUGCUGCAUUAAAUAACAUGGUGGCUAUGCAGUCUACUACUGUGACGUUGUGGAUUGCACUACUAUUGAAACAGCAAAACAAAUGUAAUAUUAUUGCACCUGAAUGGCUCACAUGCAAAGCUUUGGAUAGAGCUAUACAAUUUGAACAAAAUAACACUAGGAGAUUUAGUCCCUUACCAUGGGAUUGGCUUAUACUCUCCGAGAUAUUAUUCAAAAAGGCUCCGGACGAUUUCCAUGAUCCUAUUCAUGAAUUACGAAGUAGAAUUCAAGAUUUGCGAGAAAUUAGGCAAUUGAAAGUGGCCAAAGGUAUCAAAUAUAUGAAUGAGUCUCAUUUACAGUUAGAUAAUUUGAGUAUUUUGGAAAUCAAUGAAUUGAGACCAUUUAUCAGUGGGAUUAUGGAUAAACUUAAAGAAAUUCAUCUUGCUGCAGUAGGACCGGAAAUAGAAGGAGACAAAGAAGAGAACGAUGGAGAAGAAAUAUUUAAUGGGACACUAAGAAAUGAUAGUAGUAGACAAUCCUUAUGA